CAUCCUUCACUACAGGAAGUAUCAGAAUGAUACCGCAAAUUCCAAAAGUCUUAGACACUAAUGACUAUUCACAAACAUUGGGGAUAUCACACCAGAUAUUUAAAGAUGAUGAUGAAUUGGCAGGAACUGGGAAGCAAUCAUUUUGUACAGAGAGUAAUUUAGUCAUCAAACAAGAGGACAACAUUUAUGAUUUAUCUAGUGAAAUUAUUAUCCCAGAGGAUAAACCACACACAUUUACUGAGAUUUCAAAACAUAUUAAAGAAGGGAAAAGUCUACAAUCUAGCCAAAUGAUUCAUACAAAGGAGAAACCUUUCCAAUGUACAAAGUGUGAGAAAAGCUUUAGAUGGAAUUCUCAUCUAGUAAAACACUACAAAAUGCACACUGGUGAGAAACCACACACAUGUACUGAGUGCGGCAAAUGUUUUACACUAAUGGCUAAUCUGAAAACUCAUAAAAAGAUUCACACAGGAGAAAAGCUUUUCACCUGUACAGAGUGUGGAAAAAGUUUUACAGAAAAGAGUGAACUGAAAAGGCAUGAAAGGAUUCACACCGGAGAAAAGCCUUUCACAUGUACAGAGUGUGGAAAAAGUUUUACACAAAAGAAUGAUCUGAAAAAGCAUGAAACUAUUCACACCGGAGAAAAGCCUUUCACAUGUACAGAGUGUGGAAUUUUUUUUAUACAUCUGAGUAAUCUGAAAACUCAUGAAAGGAUUCACACAGGGGAAAAGCCUUUCACAUGUACAGAGUGUGGAAAAAGUUUUAAACAAAAGAGUUAUCUGAAAACUCAUGAAAGGAUUCACACAGGAGAAAACCUUUUCACGUGUACAGAGUGUGGAAAAUGUUUUACACAAAUAAGUAGUCUGAAAACUCAUGAAAGGAUUCACACAGGAGAAAAGCCUUUCACAUGUACAGAGUGUGGAAAAAGUUUUACACAAAUAAGUAGUCUGAAACAUCAUGAAGGUAUUCACACAGGAGAAAAGCCUUUCACGUGUACAGAGUGUGGAAAAAGUUUUACACAAAAGAGUAGUCUGAAAUAUCAUGAAGGUAUUCACACAGGAGAAAAGCCUUUCACGUGUACAGAGUGUGGAAAAAGUUUUUCACGAAAGAGUAGUCUGAAAACUCAUGAAAGGAGCCACACAGGAAAAAAGCUUUUCACAUGUACAGUGUGUGGAAAAAGUUUUACACGAAAGAGUAGUCUGAAAACUCAUGAAAGGAUUCACACAGGAGAAAAACCUUUCACAUGUACAGAGUGUGGAAAAGGAUUUACAAUUAAGAUUUAUCUGAAAACUCAUGAAAAGAUUCACACCGGAGAAAAGCCUUUCACAUGUACAGAGUGUGGAAAAAGUUUUGUACAGAUGAGUAAUCUGAAAACUCAUGAAAGGAUUCACACAGGAGAAAAGCCUUUCACAUGUACAGAGUGUGGAAAAAGUUUUACACAAAAGAGUUAUCUGAAAACUCAUGAAAGGAUUCACACAGGAGAAAACCUUUUCACGUGUACAGAGUGUGGAAAAUGUUUUACACAAAUGGAUGAUCUGAAAACUCAUGAAAGGAUUCACAGAGGAGAAAAACCUUUCACAUGUACAGACUGUGGAAAAUGUUUUACAGUAAAAAGUAAUCUGAAAACUCAUGAAAGGAUUCACACAGGGGAAAAUCCAUUCACAUGUACAGAGUGUGGAAAAAGUUUUACACAAGAGUAGUCUGAAAAGUCA